CGCAGCCCGUGUUAGUGAUGGAGGAGAGAAGAUGGCGGAAGCGGAGUAUUAAUAGACUGAGAUGCCGGAGUUACCAAAAUCAUUCUUUUGUGCCAGGCCUCCAGAUUCAAUGCGUCGAUUGGCCAGUUGCACUCACUAAUAUUUAAACUUAAUGCCUAGACUUUGGAUUCUCUGUGACCAUUUUUGGUUAGAGAUUUAAGGACCACAGUACAGCUAUGGAUAGUGAACCAAACCCUGGAACAUCUUCUGUGUCCACAACAACCUGCAGCACCACCACCACCACCAUUACCACUUCCUCCUCUCGAAUGCAGCAACCACAGAUCUCUGUCUACAGCGGUUCAGACCGGCAUGCCGUACAGGUAAUUCAACAGGCGUUGCAUCGCCCCCCCAGUUCAGCUGCUCAGUACCUUCAGCAGAUGUACGCAGCUCAGCAGCAGCACCUGAUGCUGCACACUGCAGCCCUACAGCAGCAGCAUUUGAGCAGCUCCCAGCUCCAGAGCCUUGCUGCCGUUCAGGCAAGUUUGUCCAGUGGAAGACCAUCUACAUCCCCAACAGGAAGUGUCACACAACAGUCAAGUAUGUCCCAGACAUCUAUCAACCUUUCCACUUCUCCUACACCUGCACAGUUAAUAAGCCGUUCCCAGGCUUCCAGUUCUACCAGCGGCAGUAUUACUCAACAGACUAUGUUACUAGGGAGUACCUCCCCUACUCUAACAGCAAGCCAAGCUCAAAUGUAUCUCCGAGCUCAAAUGCUGAUUUUCACACCCGCUACCACUGUGGCUGCUGUACAGUCUGACAUUCCUGUUGUCUCGUCGUCAUCGUCAUCUUCCUGUCAGUCUGCAGCUACUCAGGUUCAGAAUUUAACAUUACGCAGCCAGAAGUUGGGUGUAUUAUCUAGCUCACAGAAUGGUCCACCAAAAAGCACUAGUCAAACUCAGUCACUGACAAUUUGUCAUAACAAAACAACAGUGACCAGUUCUAAAGUCAGCCAACGAGAUCCUUCUCCAGAAAGUAAUAAGAAAGGAGAGAGUCCAAGUCUGGAAUCACGAAGCACAGCUGUCACCCGGACAUCAAGUAUUCACCAGUUAAUAGCACCAGCUUCAUAUUCUCCAAUUCAGCCUCAUUCUCUAAUAAAACAUCAACAGAUUCCUCUUCAUUCACCACCUCCCAAGGUUUCCCAUCAUCAGCUGAUAUUACAACAGCAGCAACAGCAAAUUCAGCCAAUCACACUUCAGAAUUCAACUCAAGAUCCACCCCCAUCCCAGCACUGUAUACCACUCCAAAACCAUGGCCUUCCUCCAGCUCCCAGCAGCGCUCAGUCACAGCAUUGUUCACCGAUUCAGAGCCAUCCCCCUCCUUUAACGGUAUCUCCUAAUCAGUCACAGUCAGCACAGCAGUCUGUAGUGGUGUCUCCUCCACCACCACAUUCACCAAGUCAGUCUCCUACUAUAAUUAUUCAUCCACAAGCACUUAUUCAGCCACACCCUCUUGUGUCAUCAGCUCUUCAGCCAGGGCCAAAUUUGCAGCAGUCUGCUGCUAAUCAGGUACAACCUACAGCACAGCUGAAUCUUCCAUCCCAUCUUCCACUUUCAGCUUCCCCUGUUGUACACAUUGGCCCAGUUCAGCAGUCUGCCUUGGUGUCCCCAGGUCAGCAGAUUGUGUCUCCAACAUCACACCAGCAGUAUUCAGCCCUACAGUCCUCUCCAAUCCCAAUUGCAACCCCUCCACAGAUGUCGACAUCUCCUCCAGCUCAGAUUCCACCACUGCCCUUACAGUCUAUGCAGUCUUUACAAGUGCAGCCUGAAAUUCUAUCCCAGGGCCAGGUUUUGGUGCAGAAUGCUUUGGUGUCCGAAGAGGAGCUUCCAGCUGCAGAAGCUUUGGUCCAGCUGCCAUUUCAGACUCUUCCUCCUCCACAGACUGUUGCGGUAAACCUACAAGUACAACCACCAGCACCUGUUGAUCCACCAGUGGGAAUGCAUUUGAACCAGUGUCAUCUGCACAAAGUUUUUUCUCUUAAGGUUUAUCAAGUAGAAGAUGUGUGUGAAGAAGAAAUGCCAGAAGAAUCUGAUGAAUGUGUCCGAAUGGAUAGAACCCCACCACCUCCCACUUUGUCUCCAGCAGCUAUAACUGUGGGGAGAGGAGAAGAUCUGACUUCUGAACAUCCUUUGUUAGAACAAGUAGAAUUACCUGCUGUGGCAUCAGUCAGUGCUUCAGUAAUUAAAUCUCCAUCAGAUCCGUCACAUGUUUCUGUUCCUCCACCUCCACUUUUACUUCCAGCUGCUACCACAAGGAGUAAUAGUAGUACAUCUAUGCCUGGUAGCAUUCCCAACAUUGAGAACAAGCCUCCACAGGCAAUUGUCAAACCACAGAUCUUGACCCAUGUGAUUGAAGGGUUUGUGAUUCAGGAGGGAUUGGAGCCAUUUCCUGUGAGUCGUUCAUCUUUACUGAUAGAACCUGUGAAAAAAAGGCCUCUUUUGGAUAAUCAGGUGAUAAAUUCUGUGUGUGUUCAACCAGAGAUACAGAACAAUACAAAGCAUCCAGAUAAUUCAUCUGAUACAGAGAUGGAAGACAUGAUUGCUGAAGAGACAUUAGAAGAAAUGGACAGUGAGUUGCUCAAGUGUGAAUUCUGUGGGAAAAUGGGAUAUGCUAAUGAAUUUUUACGGUCAAAACGAUUCUGCACUAUGUCAUGUGCCAAAAGGUACAAUGUUAGCUGUUCUAAAAAAUUUGCACUUAGUCGUUGGAAUCGAAAACCUGAUAAUCAAAGUCUUGGGCACCGUGGCCGUCGUCCAAGUGGCCCUGAAGGAGCAGCAAGAGAACAUAUCCUUAGGCAGCUUCCAAUUACUUAUCCAUCUGCAGAAGAAGACUUGGCUUCUCAUGAAGAUUCUGUGCCAUCUGCUAUGACAACUCGUCUGCGCAGGCAGAGUGAGCGGGAAAGAGAACGUGAGCUUCGUGAUGUAAGAAUUAGGAAAAUGCCCGAGAAUAAUGACUUGCUGCCAGUUUCCCAGACAGAGCCUUCUAUCUGGACAGUUGAUGAUGUCUGGGCCUUCAUCCAUUCUUUGCCUGGCUGCCAAGAUAUUGCAGAUGAGUUCAGAGCACAAGAGAUUGAUGGGCAGGCCCUUCUCUUGCUAAAAGAAGACCAUCUCAUGAGUGCAAUGAAUAUCAAGUUAGGCCCUGCUCUAAAGAUCUGUGCACGCAUCAACUCUCUGAAGGAGUCUUAACAGGAACAUGGGCCUCUGAUGUAACACCAGUUUUACUCGUCUUAAACAGACUCAUAAGGUAAAGGCCUAAUCUGGCCUAAAAUACUACCCUUGUUAUGAUGGAUGGCCAAGCACAUUGAGAUCUCCACAUCAAAAGCUGACAUUUCUUCUACAGAUAAAAUCAUUGUACAUUUUCAUAAUUAGUCAACAUUGGUGAAAUUAAUUUUACAGCUUACAUGCAACAUUGAGAGACUUGUUAUAGAGGGCCAUGGUAUUUUUUAAAGAAACAUGUUAUACAAGAUAAUUUUUUUAAAAGUGAUUUUAUCAUUAAUAUAAAGAACCCUUUUAAAUGUAAUUUAAUGAUUUACAUUUCUUUUGAUUGUUUCCUUAUACAUUUUUUUGUACCCUAUUAAUUUUCUACAAAUUGUCAUGGAGAUAUUAGAUAAUUUAGGAGCCCAGUAACAGAAUCAUCUAUAAUGAAAUACCAGUUUGAAUUUAAAAACCAUGUCUUUUAGACAAAUACUUUGUCUCUAAGAAAAUAUGGUAUGGUAGCAUGAAUAAUACAAUCUGGAGAUCAAGAGUUGGUUUCUAUUCCAGACUUAAGAAUUUGGCUGGAGUGACAAAGUUUUCCUAAUUUAGAGCAGUGAUUCUUAAUGGAGGACAGGUUUGCUCUCCAGAGAACAUUUGGAAAUGUCCAGAAAUAUUUUGGUUGUCACAGCUUGAUGUUGCUCCUGCUGUCUAGUUGGAGGAGGUCAGAGACAUUGGUACAUACCCCUCAGUGUAUAGGACAGCCCUGUAUUGUAAGGAACUGUCUGGCCCAGCAGUGCCAAGGUUGAGAAACCCUGAUAAGGCAGGGAGUGAUAAGUGUUCCUCUUUUCCACCCAAAAGGAGAUGUAAAAGAAGGGACAUAAUAAGGGAUACAUAUACAAUGGGAGUGUUACUCAGAGAAUAUUAAUGUUCUGAAAUAUUUUUCCAAAUUUAUUAUGUAUAAAGGAGGGAAAAACAUAAAAUUGGCCUAAAAAUAAAGACUAGCUUAGAAGUAAUUUGAUUCUCAGUACUGAUUCAUAUUAUCUUUCAUAUCUCUGUGCCCCUUUGCACUGAUGAAGGCAUAACACAAUUAUACUGAUGAUCCAUUGCAUCUUUUCUGGCAAGAAAAGUUUGCAGUGGAUGUGUGAUUGCCCUUUGGCUUUUUUUCUAAUAUUGAACGUGCUGAGUCUAGUUAGAAUGCACAUUCCUUUUUCCUUUACUAAAUCUUUGCAUGCAUCCUGCAAAGCACUUACCGAAUGAUUUCUCUUGGAUGAUCAUAUCUAAUUUAAAUUUGUUUUUACUUCACUGAACAGUUUUCUAUAGAUGUGUGACACUAAAACAAAAUCAUGGGAGUACCGAGAACUUUAUAGUCCUGGACAUCAAAAGUUUUUGAGAAGAUUAUGCAGGUUUUGUUUUAAUUGCUUUUAUCUUUACCCCAUGAUUGAGAUAUUUUAAUAAUUGAAGGAAUAAUACACACUGAUAUUUGGCCAUAGAAACUCAGUAAAUGAAUAUAAAGUGAGCAUAUGAGUUUCAGUCAUUUUCACUGCUCUUUUCCAAAAGAUUUUGUUCAGCUAGUAGAAAAUCAAAGAUGUCACUAAAGACAUCACAGAUAUUUAUCUUUUGGCUUUGUGUACAUUAGAAAAUGUUGAUUAUUUUUAUACUAAAAUACAGCGGGUAAUUUUUUUAAUCUUUAGAUGCCUCUUGUUUGAAUGUAUGCUUUGUGGGAUUCUUUGUGUAAUAAUGUUUUAAAAAACGAUGUUUAUUGAUAGUCAUGUGUAGGAUUAGAUUAUGUAAUGUAAUAUAAGGCUCAUGUUCCAGACCCACAAUAGCUUGUAGUCUAUGUUACAUAUUUCUUUGUAUCACAUUUUUAAUUACUGGAUUAAAGUUUCAAGGAAAGGUAGUACUCUAUAAUCAGUUUUCAUUUAUUAGUAAUCAUGAUGGAAUUGCAAUUUCAGAAUGUAUAGAGUAAGCAGUAGUAAGAGAUUGCCCAUUGGAUGUGAAGGAGGGAGACACAAAGGAAAAUCUCCCCUGGAAUUAAAACUUUAAUGUAGGUGAAACUGAUUAUUCAGGGAUAGACUCCCCUAGCAAUAAUGAUUAUUUCUCUUUACUGUUUUAGCUAUAGUCUUCAAAGUGUUAACUCUGAAUCAUGUUUUAAGUUUUCCUUUUACUUACUUACUGUACUAAUACCAGUUUUUGGUACUUAAGCCCCUGUGCCAAGCACUGUGUUUAUAGUUGUUUUAUUUAGAGUUCAUUUACUCCUCUCCACUGGUAGUUCUACCAUUGAUGCACCUAUGUUUGUCUAGAUGAUGUAAUCACCUUAAUUUCAAAACUUCAGGUACAUAUAAUGGAUAUAUAUGGAACAUUGGCUGUCCCCCUCUCUUCUGAGCUUUGAGCCAUGUCAGUAUGAUAUAGGUAGGGAGAGUGCUACUAUUUCAUUCCUUUUUGCAUUACUAAGUGUUUUAGGACUGGGAAAAAAGAAUGACAAGCAGAUAGGAAACAUGGGAGGUUUUUCCUAUUUUUGCUACCUAUAUUUGCAUUUUCUGACUUUGAACUGUUGCACUCUUUUCCCAUUUGGGAGAAAAUCACAAUUUUUAUUUACUUUAAGCUUUGUAUUCCUAGGAAAGUAAACAGAGUGAGAGCUGGUUUAUAAAUCACAAUUUUUAUUUACUUUAAGCUUUGUAUUCCUAGGAAAGUAAACAGACUGAGAGCUGGUUUAUAAAAUUAUUUUUGUAUGACAUUGCUGUUCAUAAAUCCUUGCAUAGACAUGUGUAAGACACAGCUAUGGCAGCUUUGAUAUAAUCAAUAUAGCAUGAGACAGACUACUGUACCCAAACCUGUCAUCUUUAUAGUGGCAUAUAACUCUUUUAAAUUGGUAUGGAAUCCUCUAAACAGAAUGUCUUUUAGGUCUCCAUUGAAGGGCUGUCAUCUAGAAGCAGAGAAGGUAGAACAUGAGGAAGAAAUGUUAGUGACCCAGCUUGAGAACAGGAAUGAGGUAGACAAGGACACCUGCCAAUCCUGUUAGUUUAGCUCACUUCAACACUGAAAAACUGUCUGCACUUUUGAUCAUAAUAUUCAUUUUUUACCUAGCUUAAAAUAGAACAUUUUUUAGGUUAGCCCAUUGUUUAUUUUUGCUUCCUGUUGUGUUGAAAUGCUCAGAACUGUAUGAAACAAGUAUUAUUGUGACCAUGCUUUGAAUAAUUUUUUUACAUAGUUUAUCUUCAUGUAUUAAAUGUAAAAUUAUAAAUCAGACAUCUGUUCAGAAAUACAAAUCUUGGAUUGAAA